CCAGCUGUGGCGUUGGGGAAAGUUGCCUAAUUAUUUCCAGACUACAGUAAACUCCAGUGUUUUUAAACUGAAGCUGGUAAAAAAAAAAUAAUAAUAAUAACUUGACUAAAGUAAAGGUAAGCAAAGAACCAAAGAUGCCCGCUGAACCUGGAGCGGUCCAAAUAGUGACCGUCAAUAAGGAGGAUCACUCUUUUGAUUUGGACACGAAAGCACUCGAACGAAUACUCUUGGCACCCAAUGUCCGAGAUAUGGAAGUGGUAGUGCUGUCAGUUGCUGGUGCUUUUCGCAAGGGAAAGAGUUUUCUCUUGGAUUUCAUGCUUCGAUACAUGCACAGGAAGCCUGAGCAGGACUGGCUUGGCCGGGAGGACCAGCCCCUCACAGGAUUCUCUUGGAGAGGCGGCUCAGAGCCUGAGACCACAGGCAUUCAGCUGUGGAGUGAAGUUUUCACUGUGAGGAAAAAUGAUGGUAAAGAGGUGGCAGUGUUGCUUAUGGACACGCAGGGAGCAUUUGACAGCCAGUCCACAGUGAAGGACUGUGCUACCAUCUUCGCCCUCAGCACCAUGACCAGCUCAGUGCAGAUAUACAACCUUUCACAGAAUAUCCAAGAAGAUGACCUGCAGCAGCUUCAGCUAUUUACAGAGUAUGGCCGACUGGCAAUGGAUGAAAUCUUUUUAAAGCCUUUCCAGUCACUCAUGUUUCUGAUCAGAGAUUGGAGCUUCCCAUACGAGUACAGCUAUGGGUUCAAGGGAGGCAGUCAAUUCCUGGAUAAGCGGCUCCAGGUGAAGGAAUCUCAACAUCAAGAGCUACAGUCAGUGAGAAAGCACAUUCAUUCCUGUUUCACGUCUAUUUCCUGUUUCCUGUUACCACACCCUGGGCUAAAGGUUGCCACACACCCUUCAUUUCAGGGACAACUCUGUGAUGUUGCUCCAGAGUUCAAAACUGAACUACGAAGCUUUAUCCCCAUGCUGUUAGACCCUGACAGACUGGCUGUGAAGGAGAUCAAUGGCAACAAGGUGACAUGCAGGGGGCUGCUGGAGUACUUUAAGUCAUAUAUUAAAAUAUACCAGGGUGAAGAUCUACCACACCCAAAGUCUAUGCUGCAGGCUACAGCUGAAGCUAACAAUUUGGCAGCUGUGGCAUCUGCCAAGGACCAGUAUUACAGGAAUAUGGAGAAGGUCUGUGGUGGAGAUCUGCCUUAUGUGGCGCCUGACUCUCUGUUAGAUAAGCAUAACUUCUUCAAGAACGAGGCUCUCCAUCACUUUAGCAGCAUUAAGAAGAUGGGUGGGAAGGAAUUCUGUGCCCCUUAUCAAGCUCAAUUAAAUGAGGAGCUAAAUGAACUCUGGGAGUCUUUUAGCAAACACAACGAGUCAAAGAACCUUUUCAGUGCAUUCCGCACACCAGCGGUGCUUUUUGUCCUGGUUUGUCUUCUGUAUGUGCUCUCCGCGCUUUUACUAUUUGUUGGCCUGAGCAGUAUUUCAUUCGCAUGUGACUGCAUGCUGGGUCUGGCAAUGGUAGCUAUGCUAACCUGGGGCUUCAUUCGCUACUCUGGGCAGUACCGAAAUGUUGGCACUGCCAUUGACCAGGCAGCUGGACUAGUACUGGAACAGGCUACAGAAGCGCUGAAUAAGUCAAGAGCCCAAAGAAUAAUGCAAGACAAAAAAUCAAGAUAGCUUUUAUGCUCAGAGAUUCCAAUUUAGGAUCCAAGUAGAACAAGAAGAAUUCAACCAUUGAUUAGACAACAAAUAUUCCUACACACAUUCCCGAAUAUUGCACUUAAACUUGUCAUCUGUUAAAAGUUAUUUUGUCUUUAAAAAGUGCAAUGAGUAUAUUUUUUUCUUGACAAAUUGUAUAUCAUAUUUGACCUGCUCACUUUUUAUGGUUGGCUGUACUUUCAUUAGGAAAUCUGGUCUUAGAUUAUGCAAUCUUAAUUUGUUAUUGCAAAAGGCCUAUUAUUUAGAUCAGCUAUUCAGAUCUUAUGAAAAUGUUGAUUCUAUCUUUUUAAAAAUAAAUUUAUGUUGUCACAUCACACAUCAUUAAACAGCUUACCAGGCACAAGAUUGCUUUUGCACAAGAUCUAUCCUCCUUAAAGGAGAUAAAGUAAUUUGUUUACAAGUACUUAUUUUAAUAUUACCAAAGAUCUUGCCCUUUGUAGUAAGAUGUCAUUUAUUAGAUGUCAUAGUAAUAAACAUAUUUUCCAUAAUUAUAUCUUUAGAGGAUAAGCCAUGGCUUUGUUAAAACUUGCACUUGAUAGAAUAAGUGUAUACUGGUAUACUGUUAAAUGUAACACUACAGUGUGCAUCAUUUGUAGAGAAUCGAUCAUUUUCGCAGGUGUGUUGGGUUAUUUAUACAUUCCAUCCGUUCAACAAACUUGAACACUGCAUUUGAUGCAUACUCAUUUGGAAUUGUUUGUUAUUGUACUGUCUUCUGUUUUGGGAAUUAAAAAGUAUACGCAUCAGGGAACAUCUGGCCAUGUAAGCACAUUAAACUGUUUGUGGAGUGCUUUUAAAACAUCUGUGUUAAGAAAUCAUUUAAAACUUGUAGUCAUCUUGUAUCCACAUGGUAGUUAACCAAAUUAGAAAAAUUAUAUGCUAAGAGGUCGGUUUUAAGUGUUUUUUGUUGUUGUUGUUUGUUUGUUUGGCUGACAAUGUUAAUGGUGGGGUCACUGUUUUGUUUUUUUUGUAUCCUCUCUGGUAACUGGUAUGCUCUUUUCCUUGUUAAAUAGGCUACAAGAUGUCUUAUCAAUUUCAGUUUUUUUUUUUUUUUUUUUUUGCUUGUUAUAAUAUUUGGCCAAAUAUGUUCUGUUACAAUAAACUGUAGUCACAUUACAUUUUACCUUUAAGUAAAUUAAGCACAAGUCUUGUACAUAAAGUGGAGAUUAGAUAUAUCAGUCUUUUGAUAUAUUUAUUUCAGUGAAUGAUCUGACUAUUGUGACCACUCAGUUACUGAUUUUUCACAUUCUUUAUACACGUUACGCUACUCAGCCUCACUGAAGGCUUAUGUUUGUGUAUAGUAGAUUUAUUCAUGUAGACAAUGAAAAGGACCAGCUUUAAAACUGCCGAGUUAUCAUGGAAAAUGAAGAACCCUGUUUAUAUAACAAUGUUACAUUUCCUUACUCAUCGCAUUAAUAAAAGUCAUCUGCAUUUGA